CGAAACCCAAGGCUCCGCCGAGCUCCGCCCUCGGGCGCUUCAGUAGCGCGCGGUCGGUGGUCCACCACGCACGCACCUCCGCUGUCGAGGGUCCGCGCACGCCACGAGUCGGAACCUCUCGCUUGUAGCGCGGCUCGCCUCUGGAAGUAUGUGACGGUAUACAAGCGCCAAAAACUAUCAAGGGCGGCUGCCGGCGUUUAACCUUACACACGGGUCGCGGAAUAUUUUUCUGUGAAUUUGUGUCUUUAUUCAACAAGAGGAAAUUGAACUGGGAGACAGCAGACUUGGCUGCUCGCGACGCUUAAUAUCGCUCUCUGAACUCCAUGUGUUAUGUCUAGGUCGUAGCACACACACAAAUAACAUUUUCCCAAAAAAAUAAACAACUUUAAUGGGAGAGCUGUAAUUCGUUACACGCUUGCUAUCAGUGUUUGUAGUCUUAAAAAUAAACCUUCAAUAUUAAUCUGGAAUCACAGUUUCCAUUCGCCUCUCCAGAAGUAGGAAGUAUACACGUCAGUUAAGGCUACUUUCCUAUUCCACCAAAUUUUGUAAGACGCCCCAGGGAUGUAGUAAAUUUUUCCUUAUACUGGAAACAAGUGUGUCGUACCACCAGAACCACUUUAGAGUAAAAGUUAAUCGUAAGCACGCUAAACACGUAGACAUCGCUGUGGACGGUCUCAAAGUCCGAAGCUGUGUUCAGAGACCUGCGUUCUCGAUGUCACAAAACUAAUUGCUCUGCCAGGAACUGUUACGGUGCUCCUGGUGCAGCACAGCCGUGUGUUAACGCACGCCAGUUAAUCUUCCGCGCAGUUGACACUGGAGGACAUUGGGAGGGCAGGAUUACCGCAGAGGUUCCAUGAGCUCCUGUAACCUGGUCUGCGACGGCACUGGAUCCGAUCCCUUCUGAUACUUCUCCAGAGACUCAGGCAGGAUGCUGAUCAUUGGGGCUGCCCUCUACCUUAUUCUGCUUUUCACUGCGUCGCACGCCAAGAUUGGUUACUUCUGGCAGAUCACGGACAUCCAUUACAAUCCUCGUUAUUCAACUAAUGGUGACUCCCGUAGAAACUGCCGGCCGCCGGACGGCGGCCACGUGGGGUCGUCGUCGCGGUCCCCGGGCCGCUUCGGCGACUACGACUGCGACCCGCCGUGGGUGCUGGUGGAGUCCGCGGUGCGCUUCAUGCGCACCAGGCAGGGCGACAACAUCGAGUUCAUCCUGUGGACGGGCGAUGUGUCGUCCCGCGACGUGGCGGCGUCCCCUGAGCUGCAGUGGGCGGCCCUGUCCAACAUCACGGCCCUGAUGAAGACCUUCUUCAGCAGCCAGUUCGUGUUCCCUGUGCUGGGCCAUGACGACGGGCCGCAGCGCUACUCGGACCUCUUCGAGCUGUGGAGAACCUGGCUGCCGCCGGAGGCCGGGAACACUUUCGCUGCAGGAGGGUACUACUCUAUCGAAAUGAAGAAGGAGAAGUUGCGGUUGGUGCUACUGAACACCAACCUGUACAUGGGUGCGCAAACUGAGGAGGACCCUAAGGGGCAGUGGAAGUGGUUAGAAACAACACUGGAAAAGUCAAAAAAGAAUGGAGAGACGGUGUUUCUGGUAGGCCAUGUGCCGCCGGGGGUGGACGACCGCAUGCCACACGGAUCCGCACAUCCAGGUUCCUCCUUCGACUCCCGGUUCACGCGCAAGUACCUGCGCCUGGUGCGGCAGUACCACGACGUCAUCACGGGGCAGUUCUUCGGCCACUUGCAUGCCGACUCUUUCCGCAUCAUGUUCGACGCAGAAGGCCGUCGUCCCGUGUCGUGGUUGAUGGUGGCUCCCGCAGUGACCCCGCGGAGGCAGCACGGCGCCGCCAUCAACCCGGGACUCCGGCUCUACACCUUCAACACAGACAACGGCCAGAUCCAGGACUACGAGCAGUUCUACCUGGACCUGGCGGCGGCCAACACGCAGGAGGCGCCCGAGUGGCAGUCGGAGUACUCGCUGCGCUCCUACUACGGGCUGCCCAACGUGUCGGCCGAGGCGCUCGCCGCGCUCGCUGUCUCCUUCAAGGACCCCGCGCGCCAGGAGCUCGUCCAGAAGUACUCGCGCGCCGUGUCGGUGCGCCAGGAGGGUGGCAGCUGCGACGCGGCGUGCGCGCACCGCCACUUCUGCGCCGUGACGUGCCUGGAGGCGGCGUCGUACCGCGACUGCGUGCAGACGGCGGCCAGCUCGCUGACGUCGGCGGCGCCGCGGAGGACGCAGCAGUGA